AUGAAACGCAUUGAGGACUCACGGAUAGCCCAUGGCAGCCUUUCCGAUGCGCUCGCUGCCUCCGUGACAUCCCCAGGUCACCCGCGUACAAGCCGUCAGGCAGCCGCUUCCUACGUUCGCUUGAACCCACACGGAGUUCUGCCAAUACACGACGGCAACGGACCAUUGGAGAUUAUGGUAUACAUUUGCAGACCGAGGGAUCAAUACCAUCUCCACACCACGAAUCUGUCCGAACCAACGCAAGUGCUACAAUUGCAGCCGCCACUCCCGCUCGUUUCCAAUGCUUCAAGUGGAAGACGCAGUCAGCCUGGAUUUCCGUGCGCCGAGACAGUAGACACCUUUCUCCUUGUGACCUCGCCAUCAUUCCAGACCCCCCUUGCCACGUUACUGAGAUCUGUUGUACGCACCGUGUUCCGCCGAUACUGCCUCUCUGUCGAACCCAACGAGGUCCAAAUGAGCCUAUGCCCAGUAGAUGGGAGUGGCCUGGCAGGCACAGCGGUUGAGCUGAGCAGCAUGAACGAGAUACAGUUUCGGGACCUUCUGAGGUCGAUGAACAAUCGCCAGCAAGGCGGCAAAGUUUUUGUGCUCAUACCCGAGAGAGAGGAAGAGGAGGUAUCAGGAAGAAGGGAACUCGACCCUGACGCCGAACAUGAAAUUCCAGACGUUGAGCAAAACCGAUGA